AUGGAAAUUCCCGCCCCGCUAAUGAACGGAUCCAUGAUGUACCUGAUGCUAACGCUGCUAACUUGUUUCACUGGAAUUGGCAUGGGAGUCACUGGCAAAAUGAGUCGCGAGAACUCGUCGAUCUUCGUGUUGUUGGCAUUUAUGACUGGCUUUUGUCUGUGGAUGUUUUGGGCUUGCUGUUGGCUGCAUCAGUGGCACAUCCUGGUCGUCCCUACUUAUGGUGCAGAAUAG